AUCUUGGGCUGUAUUGGCCCGGAAGCCCGGCCUAAGGCCCAAAGUGUAUGAACAGAAUCGAAGGGAGAAUGCAUUGGAGGCCGAAGAAAAGCGACGGAGAGAGUAGAGGCAGGGAGAGAGAUGACGGUGAGACAGAGAGCGAUAACAGCGAUUCCGAAGCUGAUACAGAGUCUGAGGGAGGAACGUCCGAAGUCAAUAUAUAAGAAUCACGCGUUGCCAUCGUUGAGACGGGCUUUCUCCCUUUACGAUCAGAUCAAUCUCAUCGAUAACGUCCCCGAAGACCAGCUCCGCUUUCAACAGUAUCAUGACGAUGGAUUCACAGUGAACGGGGUUCGGUAUGAAGGCAGUUUGCUCUGCUUGGGAAAUUUGCUCAUGUCUUGGUCUCCCAAAAAGUUCUGUGAGAUUACUCCAGACAGCAUAUCUAUCUUUCAGAUCAUGCGGCCUAUACCUGAAAUUCUGAUCCUUGGCUGUGGAAGGAACAUUCAACCUGUGGAUCCUGAACUUAGGCGCUUCAUUCGGUAUACUGGCAUGAAGUUAGAAGUUGUUGACUCGAGAAAUGCCGCAUCAACUUACAAUAUAUUGAACGAAGAAGGCAGGAUUGUGGCUGCUGCGCUUAUCCCACAUGGAGUUUCUACAUGAUACCUAGAAGCCUAGUUGCAAUUCUUCUCUUCAUGCCAUUCAUUGACCAGCCAAUGCAUUUCACGUCCUGGCUCCUGUCAUAAAAAAAAUCAUUAAAAGAACUCACUCCCCCAUUUGGCUAGCCAUUGCAUGCUUGUAAAGUCCACGAUAUUUGUAUAUUGUACUUGAGGUUGUGUUUAGCUCAUCAAGGUGCAUUUUGAUGCUUGUAAACCCUUUUUGAUGAAUAAUGGGGAUGGACUUUCAUCUUAACCUCCA